AUACAACACCUACUCCUGAACUUAGUUGCUCCACAAAUAGUUACGAUCAAAAAAGCUAUCAAAAAAGAAAUCAUCGCCAUUAUCUAAAUCCAGAAAAAAAACACAAAAAUCUAAAUCCACAUAAAAAACGCAAAAAUCUAAAGCCGGUUAAAACUAUAAAAACGAUUACUUGUACCCUUACAGAAACUGUAUGCACGUAUCUACCUUGCGUAGAUAAUGGUGGGCUAUGUAAAGAUACUUCUGAAUGCUGUUUUGGUCUAUCUGGCAAUAGAUACUGUAAUUCUGGGACUUGCGUCUCAAGUUAA